AUGAGGUUUUUCUGGUUAAUAAGAAAACAGGGGAAGCCGGGAAGGGUUUUGGGUAUUUGGAGGAGGAAGAAGACGGAUCAAGAGCCGUUGAUUAUUUCAACGGCUGAGAUUUUAUUAUUGCCUUGGCUAGCGGAUGGGCCCGUUGAGUGGGGUCCCCUCACUCCUCUCUCAGUUCCGUUCACGGGGAAGCAGGUAACGGCGCCGUUACGGAGCAUCGCUUUCCUACGCAGACGCCGUCGGGAUCCGAAACGGCGCGUCCUUUUUGCCGUUUUUAGCUUCCUUUCAAAGCAACGGUAA